AUGGGCGAAGCUAGAGCGUGGAACGUUGGCCCUCGGCUGGCUCAGCGAGAGCUCCCGGACAUUCCAGAAGUUUACAACACGCUUUUAUCUCAGGGGCGUAUCUGGGAUUUUCGUGACUUCUUCUUGGCUCUCCUCCCAUGGUUUGACUUCAGCAUAGCGUCUGUCAUGGAGGAAAUCUUCGACACUCCUGGCUAUAGCCGGCGCCUCCUUGAUGAUUGGAUCAACGACAUGAACGAUGUGGAUGAAGCCACCACCCUCGCCCUGCUGGACCUUAUUGUUUCUGUUCUUUACAGGAACCUUCGUACCUCAUCGAAGCUCGAAAUGCUGGAACAGUGGACGAGUGACGCUCAUUAUCUGGCCCAUAACCUAAGGAGCAACCAUGCCGGCUGCAUGAAGAGCCGAACCUUUGCAAGGUGGAUACUGGUUGAAGCGGCCAACUUGGUUUCCAAUGAAUUCGGAGGUUUUGAAAGUGCAAUCAGAAAGACUCACUCUUCUGCCCCGGGGUUUACAUUCGCAUGGGGAAUAGGCGUCCCAGUCUAUGUUCCGGCUGCCACUGAAAACCCCUGUUGGCAGAUGCCAGGAGUGCCCUCAGAACGGAAGGAACCAAUCAUUAUGGCGGCAAGGUUGGCAAAGGAGUUGCAGGACCAUCAGACUGAAGAGCUCUGCCUGGAACUGCUGAUCAUAGUCUCCGAGGAUCCGGCCGUGCACUUCGAGCAACUUUCCCAUCUACAAAAUUCCGUUCAACGAAACCGACUGGGCUUCCUGUGGACUUGCUUGUCGAGAUAUCUCAUUUCCAGAGAUACUGCGACAAAGCGCCAGCUGCUCGAAGACUUGAACAGUUUUCCCGAUUGGGUCGAUCGAGGUGCUUUAUUUGAUCCACCAGCCUGCUUUGCUCGAGACUUUAUCCGGGGAGCUCUCUCGAGUCAGCUGAACCACCAUGGACACCGAGAAUAUCCCAAGGAGUCUUUUACAAAGUCCAUCCAGAUCUACGGCAAGUUUCUCCCGGCUGAGAUGAGCCAGUUUGUAAGCAGCUUGACGGGACUGGCCUGGAAACACGCCUGGAACGUAGGAGACUUCGCUCAUGAGCGUCAAAACAAUGGAAACAGCAGAGAACAACAAAUAUAUCAGACACGGCUGUCGGAACCAGUCGGCAGAGCCAUAUCCGAGCGUCGCACACAGAGCCGCGAGCGUACUGGCCUGAUACUCCAAGGAAAGGCCAGCUUGCAUGACAGCUCGAAGAGGGAUGGUCAGGGAAGGGAAUUUGCUCGAAACAAGACCGGAGACAUGGCAAAUACACGCACCACUGAGCGUCGUGAUGCAGAACUCGAUCAGAUGCCGCCGCUCCAGCACGCAAGGCCUCUUCAAAGCUCGGUCCCUCGAAGGAAUCACCAUGUUUAG